AUGCCGGCCCCUCGCAUGUUGCUCUUUGACUUUUUCCCGCGAGCUGGUUUUAUUUGGCGGCGGUGGCAGGGCUCGCCGCGCAUCCUCCGUUCAAGUAGCCGGGACAUAGUGGUCCAGCGUGCCCUCACCGUGACAAGCGGCGGCGGGGUUGGACUGCGGAGGCGGGAUGCCCAGAGAUUAAUGGUCGGUGCGAUAAACCUCGUGGCCGAAAAGAUAAACGGCGAGUCCGGCAUCCGCCCCGACGAGGGUAUCAUCGAGUACCUCGAACGGUCGGCCGACUUCUCUGAGCUGUCCAAGGCCACCGGGCCGGAAGUGUGGACCGAGCUCAUCUUCCAAAUGGCCGACGCUCGCAGCAAGUACAAGCGCCAAACCCCCCAGGUGCGGCAGGACAGCGACAGGAACCAGCUGACGACUCUCGCUCUCGCCAUCGACGGCCUGCUCGCCGCCGCCGGGGACCGUUGGGACUGGUUGGCGCUGGAGCUCUACGCUUACCCUCACCUGAUGGGAGAGGCGGCGGACUACGAGAUUGAUGAGGAUUCGUCGGAAGAGGAGGGCGACCACGACAAGAAGGAAAAGGACCCCGAGGGUAAGGACAAGGCCAAGGACAAGGGCAAGGGCAAGGGCAAGGGCAAGGAACCCCCCGCCCGGAAGAUGGAGGCGGCUCGUCCUGUUCGACGCCGAUUGUGA